UACGCCAACUCUGCGGAGCUUACUAGCGUCAGCCCACUCCGUCGUGAGCGCUACUCUGACACUGGAACACCAGCUACCGACGAGGAUCAAGAGCGGACAAUAGUGCAGGAACUGGAGGAGGCGUGACCUAAAUCACGGACAACGAAGCCAACUGAGGCAGCGUCGGUGCAAGCUUGAAAAAUGAAACUCUUGAGUACUGUUGAACGUGAUGGACAAACGAUAAACGGAGUUUAAAGCAGUGCGGCAACUGGCCAUGCCUGGGCGAAAAUAUUGUCAUGAAUGGAUAUCGAUAACGGAAAGGCAUCUAAAUUCAUACAGUAUGGCUGGUUGGGGGCCACACGAGGCUGUAGAUAAUAGAUACCAUUAUGCGAACGUGCCACAUGUGCCACAUUACGAGAAUCAGCAGAAGCACAAGGAAGUCGAAAAUAAGAAGGAAGAAGGGAAGAAAAAAGAAAAGCGACACCUCCAAACCACAGAACUUCCGGAGCGCAAGGGAGAACUACGCAUGCCAACUAUUGACAAGCCCACGUUGGGGGUAAAACCCUCACUGAUGGUAACAAAGUCACCCAGCCAAGCGAUGCCGUUACCCGUGCAGAGCAUGCAGCCACCGCUGUGCAAGGUAUUGCCACCAUUCCCGCCGGGGGCAGCACCGAUGUCUCCGACGGGACCAUCCAUGUCGACAGACGGCGAUCCGUACAAAGAGUUUAGCGACGACUUCACCGACGACGAGGGGAGAGCGUCGGAUUUCGUCCGUUCCCAGCCGUCGCCGAGGUCCUGGCCGCCGUCCAACUGCAGCUCGCGCGCCCAGACGUCGGCGCCGCCUGAGGUGUACGACACGCGCUCAAGGAGCUGGCCAAGGGGAGACCAUUAUGAGAACGUGCCACAUGCGCCACAUUACGAGAAUCAGCAGAAGCACAAGGAAGUCGAAAAUAAGAAGGAAGAAGGGGAGAAAAAAGAAAAGCGACACCUCCAAACCACAGAACUUCCGGAGCGCAAGGGAGAACUACGCAUGCCAACUAUUGACAAGCCCACGUUGGGGGUAAUACCCUCACUGAUGGCAACAAAGCCACCCAGCCAGACGUCGGUGCCGCCCGAGGUGCUGUACGACUUGCCGUGGGAGAAGCGGUCGCAGAGCCUGCCGGAGGUCUGUGUCGAGUUCACCACCAAGGGCGGAUGUCCGCGGAAUCCGUGCGGCCACCUGCACGUGUGCCCCGACUUUGUGGCGGGCCAGUUCGUGCUGGGCGGGUGUGGGCGGCCGCACACGCUGCGUACGACACACAACGACGCGAUACUGAGGGCAACUCGGCUGGCGACAGGACGAAUAUGACCAGGUUCUCCGCUGGCUGACCGUGCGUGGCCACUGCGCCGCCGUGGGGGCGGCCGGCCUGCCACCCAUCUGCUUCGACUACGUUUAUAACAGAUGCCUGAAGAGCUCAUGCGAUGAGCUCCACGUGUGCGUCGGUUUCCUCGUGGGCACUUGCAAAGAUGACCGCUGUCCUCACAGCCACGCGCUGGCCGAUGCCGGUAGGAACACGCGCGUCAUCAUGAAGGCUGGCUGCGGCGAUGUACCCAUCGCCAAGCUGCGCAGAAAGAUGGCCGCUCGGCUGCGCAAGGCGAAUAGCGCGCUCAAGGAGCUGGCCAAGGGGACCUUAAGGUAGUUAAUGCUGGACGGAGGCACAGCCAGGGUGAAGGACAUGAAGUCGACCAAGGGCCCCUUUAGGGUGAAAGACCCCCCAAAAAGAAUCACCAGAUAUUUCCCAGUUCUUAAUGAUGGGCUUUCUUUGUGAUUUGUAAUUUUUUUCUUUAUUAACUCGAGCAGAAGCCAGAAGCUACGGCGAGAUCAGCUCUGUUCGAAUUUAAAAGGCAAAACCGAAGCAGUCAGGUGUCAGCAGUCAGCAUAGAAAAGGUCGCCGGCGCUCUUUGUUUUGCUGUGGUUUGGUGGACUCCCUUUGAACCGAUGGCAUUCAGAAGCUUCACCAGAAGUUUGAUCUGGGUCCUAUACAGAUAUUGAGAACCCCGUGAACGUACGGUUGAUCAAAAUUGCGUCAAAAACGUGUACUUACAUGACCAACCCAUGUUCGUCUGAAAUUGGUCCACAUCGGGUCAUGUGUAAGAAGUGAGAAAAUUUAUUUCACGUGGAUUUGAGAAUGCAUAGUCAAAAAUCUUAGCAACAAAAACUUCGACUCACUGCGUUAUACCCUCUGCUGGCUGCGCGGCAUUGGCCCCGCAGCUAAGUCGUGACCAACGGGCAAACAAAACUGAGGACGCAUCUGAAAGAAGUGCCUUUGGACGCUUUAGGACAUCGACUUGUGCAUUUAAGAAGGCAUUUCAGUCGUCUUUUACCUUUGCAAUUUUAAGAAUGCCACUGAGAAUAAACCCCAGUUCGGCUCAGCUGGCACUGGCUGGAAUGGGCUGGACACCUUAUCGUUCGGUACUGGGGCUCCUGACUGACACAGGGCCCCGACAAGGGCUUCGGGGACCCAAAUCAAGGCAAAUGGUAGGGCUCGGCCUUGCUUCCGCAAGAGAAAUGGGCCUCAGGGCUCAGACCGAUACGGAGUCAACUGCUGUUAGUGGUCUCUGGUCGACGUCAAGGUCCUUUUCGAGUCAGGGGUCCCCGAUCGGCGCAACAGUCCCCCUGUUAUUUGGGGGCUAGACUCCGCAGGCCGAGGCCACUGAAUAAGACACUGACAAACACCUCGUGCCCUUAUGGUAUUAUGCGCUCCACGAAUACUGUCUCUGGCCGACUCGGGGUCCCUUGCCAGCACAGUGCCUCCUGUUAGGCACCGUGGGCUCUUGACAGACGCUGCGGCCCCGAACAAGAUAAAUCGCUUGCCUUGGCUUUGUUCCAACUUGGUAAAAGGUCCACAGGCCCAUGCCGACAUGGAGCGGAUCGUGCGGUACUGGUGAUGUCUAACCGACAUAUGUGCUCUUGUCGACUCAAGGGACCCAGUUGGGCGCAAAGUGCCCUCUGGUUGGCUUUGGAGUGUCCGGCCCUGCGAAUGAAGUGCCCGGCCCUGCGAAUGAAGUGCCCGGCCCUGUGAAUGAAGUGCCCGGCCCUGUGAAUGAAAUGUCCGGCCCUGCGAA